AUGAAGAUAAUUAUAGUUAAAACCGUAUUUAAAUUUGCAGAAGCCAUUCGUAAACAAAUUUUGUGACAUGCUGGUCGUGUUUUUGGUGCUGUAACGACGGCUGCUACAACUGUUGCAUCGACUGCGACCACACCUUUAAAUCCGCAGCAAUUACAGUAGCUUUUCGACCCCGACUAUAACUCUCAACACCAGUUAGUAUAAUCAGAAAUAGAGAAAAAUCUUCCAGCCUUUUCUCAUACUAAAAUUUCUUGCAUGAUAAUAAACCUUACCUAACAAUUUUCAUCUACUCAUGCCUCAUAUUACUUUCGUGGUUUCACUCCUAAAUCAAAGUUCAUCGACGUAAUAAAGAGUACGAUAGGGUUCGACAAGAAUCAAAACCACGGGCUUAGAGGUUUGUGGCCAAAUGAUAACCCGUUCACCACGUACGCAUCGAUAACCGACCGACCCAACCUGAGAACCUUGUUGGAAGUUUUCCAAAAGCUGUACACUUCUACGGUGAAACCUAUUGUUAUUACGGUAUCCAAUUUGGUGCCCAUGACCCAAGAGAGUUUUGGAUAUGAUAGAGAUUUUGUGGCUAUAGUGUCGAAAAUAAUCGUGUCGAUGAACCACGACAUUCAGCAAGUUUUUCGAUGUUUCUUCGUAGCAUUCUUUUCAGUUUCGGCUUUUUUUCAUCAUUAUCAUUUUGAGCACGUUUUUAGAUUGUAUUUUCGCAUGUUUACGAGUGAGUCCUUGAGUUGACUAUGGCGUUGAAAGUCAGUGCUGCAAGUCGGUCAGGAAGAAUUCCAAAUUUACAAAGUCUGUUACCCAGCAAGAAUAUCUGUCCAAUAUUGAUUAUAUUUCAAGAUAAUUAUGUUACGAUUUCCUUCUUUCAGCGGACAUUGCAUCGGAAAUAUUUGAGGCUUUCGAUACGUUAAAUCAAGCUACCUUGAUCGCUAAUAUUUAUAAUUCGAGUGUGUGUGGAAGGAAUCCGAUAAUGGGAACGAUUGUCAGCGAUCUUUACCACUUCAUCAUUGAAUAUUCUGUCAUCGGCGCAUUUAUUAACGUAAUGUUUAUUGUUCGCUUUUUCGGGUAAGUUGUCGUCAAAAUCAUUAGUUAACAUACAUUUGAACUAUAUAUGUUCAUUUUUUAUUAUAUAUUAAGGGAACAAUUUCAAUUACUUUUUUACACAUAUUAAUAAGAAAAUAUCACCCCAAAUAUGACUAAUGCAACGACACCUGCAUUUUAGUUUUAGUCGAUCAUUCACAGAUACAUUCAUCCAUUAUACCUAUACCAGAUUAAUUACUUUCUAACCAUCAUUAUUUAUCACUAACUCCAUUUAUUUUAAUUUCAUACUAA